AUGAACUAUUGUUAUGUUGUAUAUUCAAAUAAUUACGUAUCAAAUAAUAAUAUAAAACCUCGAAAUAAUCUCGGGUUAGAUUUUCAAACAUCCGAAUGGGGCGUUGAUAGAUUAUCGUGGAAAUCAAAAAGUGGUGCAUAUGAUUAUAUGACGGAAGAAUUUUUCUUAUCCAAAGUAUUUUCUGAAUCAAUGCAACCUUCACACGUAAUUCCAUAUUAUUUCCGAGCGGAACAACCCCCAAAUGAAGAAGACAUAACGAUCACAACGCUUAUAACAGAAAAUCGGUUCCAUGUAUUUGACAGACUCGUUACAAAUUAUCAGGGACCAAUCUCCGUAACGAUACAUGUUGCUGAUGAUGAUAAAUCUCGCGAUGUACUAUUAAGCAAACUUCAUGAAUUGUAUAAUGGAAAUAAAUAUAUGAAACAAUAUGUUGAUGUUCAUCUCGUGGUUGAUAAUUUUGAACGUCAAUUCAACAUGUGGCGAAAUGUCGCAAAAUUUUUUGCUCGUACUAAUUAUGUCAUGAUGUUGGACGUGGACUUUCACCCUUGUACAGAUUUUAGACAUUCCAUUUUAAAUAGUAAAACAAUAAUGAAUAAACUUAGAAAAGGUAAUACCGCUUUGGUAGUACCAGCUUUUGAAUAUGCAGAUUUAGACGAAGGCCUUGAUUAUCGUCACGGUCCAUCAAAUUAUUCUAAUUGGUAUGAAACUGACGAGCUAUACAAAGUUACAACUUAUCAAUAUCAGUAUGAACCAUAUGUAAUCUUCCCAAAACAAAGCAUAUGGUGCGACGAACGAUUUGUUGGAUAUGGUGCAAACAAGGCCGCAUGUUUAUUUGAAUUAUACCUUUCAGGAGUAGAUUAUUGGGUCCUUCCAAAAGAUUUUUUAAUUCAUCAGACACACGAAUAUUUGGAAGACGCACGUAGACAUGAGCGAAGAUUCAAUAAAAAGUUAUACGAACAUUUCCGUGAAGAAUUAUGUUUUCGAUAUGCGAGGAAUUUUAUUUUAAAUGGUGAAUGGGAAACAUUUAAAGCAAGUAAUUUAAGAUCUACAUGUCAUAAAAUUCGAGGGUUUACACAGGCUAUUAAAUAUUUUGCAAAAUUGAAAUAA